AUGGCAGGGAACGAAGAUGCCUCGAGGGAUGCCCAUAAGCCUCGGUCAAAGAAGCAACCCCCACCACCUCCCUUCUACAUUCCCCUCAACAUCACACUCUACCUAUUUCUAGCUGCCAACACUCUCGCCGCAAUAUUCUCUCCAAUUCAAGAUUGCGAUGAGGUGUUCAAUUUCUGGGAACCUGCGCAUUAUCUUCAGCAUGGAUAUGGUCUUCAAACCUGGGAAUAUUCACCGGUUUAUUCUAUCCGGAGCUGGCUCUACGUGGCGCUCCAUGCCACUGUAGGGAAGAUCGGGUCUUUGGUAGUUCACAGCAAGACAGCUGAAUUCUACACGAUUCGCCUAUGUCUUGCAUUCUUGUGUACUGCCUGUCAGACUCGACUAUACUCUGCGAUCUGUCGUACACUCAGCCCCCGCAUCGGUCUCUUUUUUGUGAUGAUCGUCACACUCAGCCCUGGCAUGUUUCAUGCUUCGACUGCCUUUUUGCCCUCUACUUUUACCAUGUAUAUGUCUAUGCUUGGUCUGGCUUCGUUCCUAGAUUGGAAAAAUAGCCGGAAAACAGCGCAGGGCAUCAUGUGGUUUGGGCUGGGGACAAUCGUUGGGUGGCCAUUUGCCGGUGCUCUCAUAGUCCCUUUUUUGGCUGAGGAAGCCAUUGUUGGUAUGAUGUCUGGGUCUUUCGGCUCACUGUUGUACAAUGUCUUCGAUGGCAUUAUUCGUUGUUUGUCGAUUCUGGCUCUUGAAGUUGCAGUUGACUAUGCUUUCUUCCGGAAGCUCGUUCUCGUGCCUUGGAACAUUGUCGCAUAUAACAUCCUGGGGGAGAAGAUCGUCUUUCGAUCGCACACAACCUCCUUGCAAACCUCAUUGCGGUCCAUGACCCUGGUCGCUCCCUUCUACAUGUGGUUCGGGAUUUUCUCGGUCCAACCACACAAGGAGGAGCGAUUUAUGUACCCAGCAUACCCGUUCCUAGCACUUAGCGCGGCUUUGAGCUUCCAUAUUAUCCUGACCUACCUUGGUUCUACUGAUCGGAAGGAAGUGAUCGGCCGUGUACCAACUAAAUUAAAGAUUGCUGCAGCCAUGUCAGUCGUUCUAGUCGCUCUGAACGCCGGCAUGCUGCGCACUCUAGGUAUGGUUACCGCUUAUAACGCUCCAUUGAAGGUGUUGGAGCCCCUACAGCAUGUGGAUAUCGCGCAUGCAGAAGACUCGGUGUGUUUCGGCAAGGAGUGGUAUCGCUUCCCAUCGUCAUAUUUUCUUCCCAACAACAUGCGCGCCAAGUUCAUCCGAAGUGAAUUCCGAGGACUACUUCCGGGUGAGUUCCCAGAUUCACCGAGUUCUCUUGGGCGUCUGGAUGGUGCCUCACAGAUUCCAUCUGGUAUGAAUGAUCUCAACAUUGAGGACCCUAGCAAAUACGUUGAUAUCUCUCAAUGUUCUUUCCUGGUCGACUCUUACUUCCCUGGUCAUGAGGCCACCGAGCUAGAGCCCCAUUACCUCCUGGAUAAGGCACAGUGGGAGACGCUUUCCUGCGCAAGCUUCCUUGAUGCGUCUCAAACAGGCCUGCUAGGUCGAUUGAUCUGGAUUCCUGAUCUCCCAGUCAUCCCAGCUCGCUUCCGACGCAAAUGGGGUGAAUAUUGUCUUCUCCAAAGAACAGUCGCAUGCCAUGUAUAG